GCAGGGAGCGUCUGGAAAGCCUGGUCUCUGAUGAAGCGUCUGCUCGCGCGCGGUCCUCUUUGAAGCUGGACACUCGGGACAGAAAGGAUCAGAUUGUUUUAUUUUUUUUCCUUCUGGAUAACGUUGCCUCACUCCGUGGAUGUUGGCUCGGUGUUGUGUGUCUUUAUGUUUCCUCUGUGGAUGUUAUAGCUUAGUGCAUUAUGUCGCUGUGAAUGAAGCUUUCUUUUGGAUUUCCGCCGCGCUGAACCUAUUUCUGGGUGACUGCCCUUUCUUUACUUGUGAAGUCGCGCGUUAUAAUCAUAUCGCCGUUGUCUUAUGAGCUCUAUAUGCGAACUGUGAGGCGUAACUGUAUUUAAUUUAGUCAAACAAUGCCGCAGUUUCCUUGAUAGUGUAGAAAUAAUCCAUGCAGACAAAUUGUGUCCGUUAAUUAUUGUAUAAAAAAGAGGAAAGUUGGGUGCGCAAACUUUUGGAGACGGUCGAUAUGGCGAUGGUGGCGUGGAGAAACACCGAGGGCGUAGGGGACACCCACGGUACCCUCGCUUCCCCGGUGUCCCAGGUCGCCCCUCUGUCUCUGCCCGGGGAGCUGACAGGACACAUGAACCAAGCGCCCUCUCUGGAAAUACCGCCGGCUGCAGCAGCGGCACCUCAGGGCGCACCGCCGUCCAACCCGUCCAGCAGCACUGUCACCGCGAACAGUACCACCACCAACAAUAACAACAACACCUCUUCCUCCUCCUCCUCCUCCUCGUCCAUGGACAAACACCAGAGCCAGCAGAUCGAGUGCAUCGUGUGCGGGGACAAAUCCAGCGGGAAGCACUACGGACAGUUCACAUGUGAGGGAUGUAAGAGUUUCUUUAAACGCAGCGUCAGGAGGAACCUAACCUACACCUGCAGGGCCAACAGGAACUGUCCCGUGGACCAGCACCACCGCAACCAGUGCCAGUACUGUCGCCUCAAGAAAUGCCUCAAAGUCGGCAUGAGGAGAGAAGCUGUCCAGAGAGGCCGGCUUCCUACGCAGUCUUAUCACGGUCAGUUCGCGCUGACAAACGGAGACCCUCUGCAGUGUCACUCAUACCUGUCGGGUUACAUCUCUCUCCUGCUGCGUGCAGAGCCAUACCCGACCUCUCGGUUCGGCUCUCAGUGCCUGCAGAGCAACAACAUCAUGGGCAUAGAGAACAUCUGUGAGCUGGCUGCCCGGAUGCUCUUUAGCGCCGUGGAGUGGGCCCGGAACAUCCCCUUCUUUCCGGACCUGCAGGUGACGGACCAGGUGGCCCUGCUCCGCCUCACCUGGAGUGAACUGUUCGUCCUGAACGCAGCGCAGUGCUCCAUGCCGGUGCACGUUGCCCCGCUGCUGGCCGCCGCAGGUCUGCACGCCUCCCCUAUGUCUGCGGACAGGGUGGUGGCCUUCAUGGACCACAUCCGGGUCUUCCAGGAGCAGGUGGAGAAGCUGAAGGUGCUGCACGUGGACUCAGCAGAGUACAGCUGCAUUAAGGCCAUCGUGCUGUUCACCACAGAUGCUUGUGGUCUAUCUGACGUGGCUCAUGUGGAGGGUCUGCAGGAGAAAUCCCAGUGUGCUUUAGAGGAGUAUGUGAGGAGCCAGUACCCCAAUCAACCUAACAGGUUUGGGAAACUGCUGCUCCGCUUGCCUUCCCUCCGCACCGUCUCCUCCUCUGUCAUAGAGCAGCUUUUCUUCGUCCGCUUGGUGGGAAAGACCCCCAUAGAGACUCUGAUAAGGGACAUGCUGCUGUCUGGAAGCAGCUUCAACUGGCCCUACAUGCCCAUUCAGUAGAGGAGGAAGAAGCUUCAGCGGUGCUGCUAAGGUCAGGAAAGGGAACCACACCUCAAAUCGAGUUAUUUCUGUGCUGCGCAAAAUCUCUAUUGCUUCGAACAAGGAAACAAAACUGCCAGUGAGAUAAAUACAAACGUUUUUAAUGUAAAUAAAGAUCUCAGCUCAUAAUUUUUGUAUUAUUACCGCCACUUUCUUAAUACCAGAGGAAUGAUCUGCCUUAUUCUGCAUCGUGUCUUCAGAGGACCUGAAUUAAAUGAACCAUUUUUGCAGACGUUAAAUGAUUCAGUCCACUGGCAGGGUUGCUAACUUGUUCAUAGAGAAACUAAAUUUCAUGACAUGAAAUGACUGCUUAUGAUGGGCGUUUUUUUGCAGUGUGGUGACCACUCAGUCUAUGAUUUUUGGGAUAACAAACAAUAUUUAUUGGACCCUGUGUGUAUAUUUAUCUUAUCGUGCUUGUAAAUUAUGUUCCAGCUCCUUUUUUUAAUGUUUUACGUAUUUUUGCCCCGGCCAGUGACAGAACUGCAGGGAUUGUCUUGUGUCGAUUUGUUUUUUGUUUUGUUUUUUUGUUUUGUUUUGUUUUGUUUCAUAUCUUCCAGACAUGGCACUUUGGACUAAAGGAAAAUUUCAGAAAAAUUUAACACAGGUGUUUCACACCAGACUUCAUCCAACUUUAACCUGUUUGCUCAUUUGUGUACAGACAGAACAGUGAGAUUAAUGCUGUGUUUUAGUUACUUUGGAUUCCUAUUCUGUUUGCAUCGUCAAUGUACGGAGAAUGAGAGGAAUCAGAGCAAAAAUGUCGCAAAAUGCACUUCUUGUGAGCUGGCGCCAUGUAAUGCAUUACUCCUUUCACAAGUAAUACCAUUACUUACAUCAGUAUUUCAUGAAGUAUUUAAGGUUAUACUUACAGGCAGAUAUAUGUAUUUCUUCCUGCCUUGGGGCUUCAUUCUUGCCUUCUAGACUACAAUAUUUUUCUAGAUUUAAUGAUUACAAUUCAUAUUGUGUUUAUGUCUUAUCAAAUUGGUGACUUUUACCUGCAAAAUAACUGAACAGAGAGAUGAUGACAAAAAGCAACAAAGGGAAUGAGGCUGGAUGUUUGAUAGCUGUGGGUUAAGUUGAUAUUUUUAAAUGUCAGCUGAUAAAGUCAAACUGUUAUUUUUUGACUGGUAAGGGGAGAAGUAAUGACAUUACUUUACUGGAUUAAUGAUUAAUGCAUUACCAAACACUUUCCACUGACCGUCUGACAGAGAUUUUAAAGCACUGGGCCUGAUGUAUUCUGUGCAGUUUUGUUAAAUGAACUGUACUCAUUUUGCCAGGUCAAGUAACAAAUCUAUUUCUUUUUUUUUGAGUCUUGCAUUUAUGAGCCCAGGCCAAAUAAUGGCACAAUAGACCACUGCAGGGUAUUGCUGAACUGAAAGUGUGUGUGUUUGUGGAAAUGUGUGUGUGUUUGCGUGAGUGAGUGUGUAUUUGUGUUUCUUUUUGACAACCACUCUGAUGUACUGUGAAAGCAUAUUGGUUAACAUAUUGGUACCGUAUUAAAUUAUAACUCAAG